AUGCACGCAAAAGGCAGUGGACACUAUGUGGCCAACCAGGAGGUACCAAUAACAUUUAUAAAAUGUGAUGCAAAUGGUGAUAGUAGUGAGAGUAGUUCAAGUGAAUCAAGGCCAAAUGAUUGGUACCACCUCUUCAAAGAUUCGCCAUGUUUCCAAAAACUGCAUAACCAAUUUGACUUUAUUAUAAUUGGUGCAGGAACCGCAGGUUGUACUCUUGCAAAUCGUUUAAGCGAAGAAAACUGGAAUGUUUUACUUAUUGAAUCAGGAGGUGAUUCAACUAAUAUAUCAAUGAUUCCUGCAUUAUUUAUGACAGUUCGUGAAUCCCCCCUUGAUUGGAACUUCAAAACCCUCCCAGCUGAACAUUUCAAAGGUUACCAUGAUUCCCAAUGCACUUGGCCACAAGGUCACCUCCUAGGUGGAAGCUCCGGUAUCAACGCAAUGCUCUACACUGAAGGUGUCCCCAAAGAUUACGACAACUGGUCAUUAAAACACCAACUAAAAAACUGGGACUACUCUUCAGUAGAACCCUACUUUAGAAAAUUAAACGCUGAAGAAUGUAAAGAAGGUUUUGUUUACUCCACCAGAUACGAGUCAAAAUCACCAUCAAGACUUUUACUCUUUCAAGCAGCAAUCGAAAGUGGAAUACACGUUAACGACAACCAACACAUUUUUGGUUAUAGAGAUGUACCAGUUAGUGUUUACAAAAAAGAAAGAUUCUGCAUGUCAAAAGCGUAUUUAAGACCAGCCAUAGGCAGACCUAAUCUAUGCGUAUUAAAACACACCUUAGUAGGAAAGAUAAUAAUCAGAAAUGAUGCAGCUAUAGGUGUUGAAAUUAAUAUACCAGGAGGAAAAGAUGGAACCAUGAAUAUCUACACAAGGAAAGAAGUCAUUCUAUCAGCAGGAGCUGUAAAUUCACCUAAAUUGCUAAUGUUGAGUGGAAUAGGACCAAAAAAUGAGUUAGAAAAACAUGGAAUACCUUCAAUAAAAGACUCACCAGCAGUUGGUACUAAUCUUCAGGAUCAUAUCAUAGUGCCGAUUGUAGUGGAACUUACAGAUCUCCCAUUGAUGAUAGAUUAUUCAACAAUGUUGUAUAAUUAUGCAAAAAAUCAGGAUUCUUUGGAUAAAGUAGACAUUGCAAAUUUCCAAGGAUACUUCAACACGGAAAACGCGAAAUCUGACCAACCUAAUAUUGAAUUUAUCCAUUUUACAUUCUACAAAAACGAUAGACUUGUUUAUCCUGCUUUUAUUAACCGUGUUGGAUUUAAUCAUUACUAUACAAGCAGAUUUAAUGAGAUGAAUAGACGUACCGCGGGAUUAGUAGUACUCCCAACACUUCUACAUCCGUUAUCUAGAGGUUCUAUACGUUUGGAAUCAUGUGACACUCACGAUCCACCAAUUAUUGACACAAACUAUCUCUCUGAACCCAAAGAUUUAGAAGUGUUAUUAGAUGGAAUUGAAUUCUUUCAAAAGAUAAAAAAUGCUCCGGCUUUAAGAAGAUACCCAUUCACUGAUUUGAAAUUAAAACAUUGUGAUAACUAUCUGUUUGCUUCUAGGGAUUACUGGAGGUGUUAUGUGUUGACGUUUGUUACUACAGUGUAUCAUCCGAUUGGUACAUGUGCUAUGGGAGUUGAUCCCAAAACAAGUGUGGUUGAUGAAAAGUUAAAAGUUUGGGGUGUGAAGAAUUUGAGGGUUAUUGACGCGAGUGUUAUGCCGGAGACUGUGAGUGGGCAUCCCAAUAUUCCUGUGUGUAUGGUUGCGGAAAAAGCAGCUGAUAUUAUUAAGGAGGAACAUGGGCACCAUGUUGAGAGAAUUUGUAAGGAGAAAAAUUAA